AUGCAGAUCAAGGACGAGAAGGCUUUGACGUUCCCUAGAAAGCUGAAGAGUGAUCCCAACAAACGGUCUAGGGAUAAAUAUUGCCACUUCCACCGUGACCAUGGUCACGAUACGGCCGAUUGCUAUGACCUAAAGCAGCAGAUCGAGGCCCUUAUCAAGCAAGGAAAACUGCAGAAGUUCGUUAGUAAGGAGAAAAUAGAUCCACCCCCACAAAACCAACACCCCCGACGGGAUAAUGAGCGACCGAGACCCCCGAUAGGGGACAUAAGGAUGAUCGUAGGAGGAACGGCUGCCGCCGGGUCAUCCAAAAAGGCCCGCAAAACCUACCUUAGGAUGGUACAAAAUGUUCAGCUGACGGGAGCUGUGCCAAAGAUAGCACGAAGAGAAGGCCCUAUUAUCGGGUUCUCAGAAGAGGAUGCGCGACGCCUUCACCAUCCACAUGACGAUGCGCUCGUCGUCAGCUUAUGGGUAGAAGAUUACAACAUGCACUGGGUGUUGGUCGACAACGGCAGUUCAGCAGAUAUUCUAUACUACCCGUCAUUCCAGCAGAUGAGGAUCGACAAGGAGUGA